UGUAUGCACGCACGCACGAUCGGCGCACCUUCACACUGGUGUUGGUGUGUCGUGUCGUUCUGUUGGUAAUUGGGAAAGCAGCGGCACCUUUGUCACCCAUGUGACAAACACGCGCGAUCCCGAAAUACGGAAAAUUGUUUUGGCCGUGGCGCGCAGACAGUCUGUUCGUGGAUUUCGUCGAUGUUGAACACGGAUCAGGAAUUGCGCGCGCGGAAGUUAAAGUAGAGCGUCAAGUUUAAUAGUGAUUGUGAUGGUAGCGAUUGGCUGCCGAUUGGAGUGAAGUCCUGUGAAGCUGAUCAUGACCAAGUUCAAUAAGAAUCUCUGCCGAAGGACAAUCUCGGCGACAACGGCAGCAAGCUCGCAUCAGGAGCUGAAGCACGGCUACGAAGUUGACCAUAAAAGUGAUAUCACCGGUAUGAUGGGUGGCAUGAGUUUUGGGGCAGUGCAUAAGGGUAGUGAUAAUGAGUUCAUGUGUGGGUUCAAUUUGAGUGGUUUGAGCGCGGAGCAGAAGUUGAAGCUAAACAUACAACAGCUGCAGAUUCGGCAGAAACAAUUGCAGCUGAAUGAUUACGAUGAUAAUAGCGAAAGCUCGGAAGAACACGUCCUGGCGCCGGUUUCCGGGUGUAUGGCCAGUCCGAACCGACCCUGCCUGGUUUGGGCGUGCAAAGCAUGCAAGAAGAAGACCGUUACGGUGGACAGGCGGAAAGCUGCGACGCUCAGAGAGAGGCGUCGAUUGCGGAAGGUCAACGAAGCAUUCGAAGUUCUCAAGCGACGCACCAGCACGAAUCCGAACCAGCGGCUACCAAAGGUGGAAAUCCUUCGCAAUGCAAUCGAGUACAUCGACAGUCUGCAGGCUUUGCUAGAGGAAACCCCACCGAUCCGCCAGAGUCCGGACAUUCUCACCGAUAGCAGUUCGGCAUCCAGCUUUUCAUCACCUCAGGACUACAUGAACUGCUGCUCCAACAGUUACCUGCGCGAACGGUUGCACCAACUCAGCAAGGACAGCGAUCGCUACUCUCCAAUCACCGGCCACACACCGUCCAGUGCGGCUGCCAAUGGGUCGAGUUUGGAUUGUCUGAAUCUGAUCGUACAAAGCAUCACCAAUGUGACGGCGGCGGCGACGGCGGCAACGACCGGGGCAGCUUCAGCAACAACGGCACCAGUAACACUAACGAAUAGUGGAAUCACGUUGAAUCAAAUCUCAUUCUCCUCGUCAUCAUCCGCAUCCUCGGCUUCGUCGGCAGCCUCGAUGUCCCCUCUGCCAGCGGUCGCGGGAACAACGGUGACAGCGAUGGCGAUGCCAAUGACGGCCGCGGGACCAACGACGUUACCGUGAAGAGUUGGCAAGUCCCGCAGCCAAAUGGCAUAGUUCAAAUAAGUGAAAUGCCGGCUCUCCCCCUUAGAAGGGCCCCAGUCCGUGGGUUCGGUAAGGUUAGGUUUCGGUGGCAGUCUCUCUAAUUAAUUGUAAAUAUUCGCUACGUUGGGAAUAAACAAUGCCUUUCGCUUAUUUCGCUCGCGGAACGCACCCGAAGCCGAAAGGCAGGAAAUUUUUAUAAGAGUAACCUUUAUACGGCAGGAACGAACGACGCACUCACAUAGAAUGAGAUAGUUUCGGCGUCACUUCUUCAAGUCAUUUGGAUGCCAAAAAUUGUGUGCGGCGGGGAAGGUGGUGCGUCGCUAGAUAAUAUAUAAUAUAUAUAGGUAAUUGGAACAGUGAUAGGUCUAAAUUAUUCCCGGCUUCAUUAAUGUUAGUAAGCUAGAUGAGAAAUAAA